AUGUCGUACUACGAAGAGUCCCAGAGAACGGGACAGCAACAUCCGGAUGACCACAAAACCGGCCUGGACAGUUAUGCUCCUGACAGCCCACAGCCUACAGGGAGACGAGACUCUGUCCUCAUUGGCGACAAAUCACCCGGUGUUGCUCGAAUCGAGGCUGUGAGUGAAGUCCUAACCAGGACUGACCGCGCCUUCCUAUUCCUGGGCGUCUUUAUCAUCGCAUAUGCCUACGGACUGGAUGGCACUUUACGAUACAGCUAUCAGCCUACCGCGACGGCAACCAUGGGCUCGCACUCACUUUUGGCAACGAUCACCGUCCUCCGGUCUGUCAUCGCGGCGGCAGCACAACCAACAGCGGCCAAGAUUGCGGACAUUUUCGGCCGAUUGGAACUGGUCUUUGUAUCCGUCGUCUUCUACACUCUCGGGACGAUCAUAGAAGCGUGCGCUACCAACGUCUCGACUUUUGCAGGCGGCGCGGUGCUGUAUCAGAUCGGCUAUACCUGUGUUAUCCUGCUAGUCGAGGUCAUUAUCGCCGACAUCACGUCUCUCCGAGCCCGACUUUUCUUCAGCUACAUUCCUGCUCUACCAUUCCUUAUCAACACUUGGGUCUCCGGCGAUGUGGCAUCAGCUGUCCUUGGGGCUACGACCUGGCAAUGGGGCAUCGGCAUGUGGGCCAUCAUCUACCCAGUGUGUGCCCUCCCCUUGAUGCUUGCACUGGCGGUGACGGGACGUCGAGCACGCAAGGCUGGUGUUUUGGCCAAAUACAAGUCUCCCUUCCAACUCAUGGGAGCAAAGAAGCUGUCAGUCAGCCUAUUCUGGUCUCUUGACGUCAUUGGCAUCAUUCUGCUUAUCGCAGUGUUCGCAUUGAUCUUGGUUCCCUUGACCAUUGCCGGUGGAAUCUCUACCCAGUGGAGAGAGGCUCAUGUCAUCGCUCCUCUGGUGGUUGGCAUCUUGUGCAUCCCAGCAUUCAUUUUCUGGGAACUGAGGGCCCCUCAUCCCCUUAUCCCGUUUCAUCUCCUCAAGGAUCGUGCAGUAUGGGGUGCGCUGGGCAUCGCCUGCACAUUGAAUUUUACCUGGUAUCUGCAGGGAGACUACCUCUACACCGUUCUCAUCGUGGCGUUCAACUUCAGCAUCAAGGCCGCCACAAGAGUGUCGUCACUAUACAGCUUUACAUCUGUCCUUACUGGAUUUGCCCUCGGCAUGAUCGUUUACAAGGUUCGACGCCUGAAAUGGUUCAUCGUGGCCGGAACAUGUCUGUUCAUGGUUGCAUUUGGCCUGUUGAUUCGUUACCGUGGAUCCCCCAGUUCUUCUGGACAAUCCGGCGUCAUCGGAGCUCAGGUCCUACUUGGCUUUGCUGGGGGUAUGUUCCCGUAUCCUGCGCAGGCAUCGAUUCAGGCUGCAACCAAGCACGAGCAUGUUGCCGUCAUCACUGGUCUCUACCUCGCCACCUACAACAUUGGUUCUGCUUUCGGCAACUGUGUGUCUGGUGCCAUAUGGACUCAGGUAUUGCCGUCAACUCUCGAGAACCGUCUUGCAGAUUUUGGUAACUCGACUCUUGCUGCCGCGACAUACGCCAAUCCAUUCGGCAUAAUUGCAGAGUAUCCCGUGGGUACACCUGUCCGCUCGGCGAUCAUUGAUGCCUACCAGCAUGUGCAGCGCUUGCUGUGCAUCACAGGCAUUUGUCUGGUGGUACUUCUGAUUGGAUUUGCUCUAUGUCUGAGAGACCCUAAGCUAGGCAAUGAGCAGAGCUUGCCUGACGCAGAGGAGAAUGUCCGACGUUGA